AAGGAAACAUCUAAAACCAUGCAAAUUGCCCAUUUGCGAAACGGCGCUAAUUCCAAGAGAAGAAGAAUAUUAAUACUACAUUUAAUCAACGGAGGCUGAAAAAACAGUACGCCGACUAAGAUCUGAGUAAGAAAACUAUUGACCGCAUGAUCCACUAGAACAAGAAGAAGCAUUUUGGCAAAGAUGAUGUCCAGCGGAUAUACCCACAUCGACAAUCAGAAUGUUUCCGGAUCUGUGCCUGCCGUUUCAAGUCCGGAUCAUGUUCAGUUGAAGUUUCCAGAGAGCAACUUACAGACCUUCCCUCCUACUGAAACACAAGGCAAGAUUACCGGAACAUUCCGGCCCCCAUCGGAUGCAGAUGAUUCCUUUUCAAGGCCUGGUCCUGGUGGAGCUCAAGAUAAUAAUCAGCCUAGUGGUUGGCAGAGAUUUUUUGGUGUUGCACCUUACCAGCCAUACUUCGAUGUGGAUACAUCUGAUGUCUUGGAGAGGAUUCGGGAUUCCCUACUUCCGUACAAAGGCACCUUUUCUGAGAAAACCCUUAACAGCCCAGACUUAUAUGGUCCAUUCUGGAUAUGCACCACUCUUAUAUUUGUUGCUGCAGCAUUGGGAAAUGUGGUAGCAUAUAUUGCCCACAAGACCCACCACAAACACUGGGAUUAUGACAUAAAUCAGGUUACAUGGUCAGCUUGUCUAUUUUAUGGCUAUGUUGCGGUUGUGCCUCUAGCUGUCUACUUUGUGUUAAAGUAUCUUUCCGUACCAUCGGGUCUUGUACAACUGUGGUGCUUGUAUGGCUAUUCUCUCUUUGUAUUUAUCCCAGCAUCAUGCUUGUCAGUCAUUCCAUUGGAAAUAUUCAGAUGGGUAAUAGUUGGCGCUGCAGGGUUCUUGUCAGCAACGUUUCUUGCCCUUAAUCUCAGAAGUCACAUCAAAACUGCCAGUGAUAGAUGGUUUCUUAUAGUGGCCGGAAUUUUUUUGUUGCAGUUGGGCCUUGCUGUCAUACUAAAAUUAUAUUUCUUCACUAUUGUAUUGGGGAAAGAAUGAUCUACUUUGGUUAUCAGUGCUUCUAGUAGUACAGUUCGGUAGAGGCUAGACGGGUUUUAAUUACUCUCCUGGCAGUGUAGCUGAUUGUUUAGAGCAUAUGUAAAUUGAUGCUCUCAUUUUUUCUGGUAAACAAUAAGUGCUCCUUAGAACUAAACCUGCAACAUUUCCUGCUAGGCACAUCUGUUAUAACAGAAUUUUUGGCCGGUGUUUGGAUCUUGUAUUAUUCUUGGAAUGAAUAUCUAGAAAAAGUCCAUAUUAUAAACAUUCAACAUCAUUGUUAGCAUUGUCCAAAUCAUGCCAGCCAGUGUGAAGAAUUGUUGAAUUUCAGUAACGGUGUAAGAGACUGGUUUUUUAUAAUAGCAGGAGAACGACAAAACAGAAUUGGAGAAGACGAGGGGAAUCUAACUUUGGCAUAACAAGCAUUGGGUACUCUUAUUGAUGGAGCAUUAAGGACUUCAAAAAGAUAAAGUUUCUAUGCAGAUGGAAUUUUUGAUAAUAUUAUGAUACUGAAAUGGUGAGAACUUAUUUUAUUUGCCGCCUAAGUAAUUAGAACUUCGACUAUCUUGUUAAGCAUACUUUAUAAGAAAAAGUAUUAGCAAAACUUUGACGCUAAUAUUAUUAUGAAUGCAACUAAAGUUUAAGUUGAAUUCAUUGUUAAAAUUCCUUGUUAUUAAUAAAAUAUAAAAUUCAUUUUA